AUGAAUGGUUCAACGAAUGCUCCACUAUCAACAACUCCAAGUAGCGAUAAACUUUCUGGUCAAUUAAUUAUAAAAGCUCAAUUAGGUGAUGAUAUUCGUAAAAUGAUGAUACAUAAUGAAGAUUUAACAUUAAAUGAACUGGUUCUUAUGAUGGAACGUAUAUUUGCUGGAAAAAUUUCAAAUUCCGAUGAAUUAACAAUAAAAUAUUUAGAUGAUGAUGGUGACAAAAUAACUUUAUUAAAUGAUAGUGAUUUAACUGUAGCAUUACAUUUUCAUAAAGUGCUUCGUCUAUUUGUAUUAGUUAAUGGUGAUGAACAAUUAACUAAUAAUAAUUCAACAGCAGGAAAUCUUAAUAAAGAAGGAAGUUUAAUUGAUGCUAAAACAUUUCGAAAUGAAUUACAACAAAUUCGAAACUCCGUACAAACAAUACUUGAUCGACUUCAAUUAUCAACAAAUCAAGAUAUAACAAAUGGUCAAGAAAAAGAAGUAACAACAACAGCAACAGCAACAAUUCCUACGCCUGCUUUUGUUUCAAGUACAGCACGUGAAUUCGAUCCAUAUAAACAUUUACAUCAAAGUCAACGUUCAACUACUCCAGAUAGUAUUCGAUCGAAAUCUUCAAAUUCUAAUAAACCGGCUUAUAAUGAACAAAAAUCAUUUCAAACAAUACCAACAGUUGAUAAACAAAAUCAAUAUCAAUCUUCAGAAUCAACUGAUGCAAACAAACCAUCACCUACUUCGUUUCAACAAAUGCCAACACCACAUUUCGUUCCAACAGGAAUUAAUGAUCAACAAACUAAAAUAUCAUCAUCACUAUUUGGUCCUCCACCAACAUCAUUUUCUGGCAUGCCACCUUUACCAAAUGCUAGUACUACUUCUCGGUUUCCAACACCAUUUCCUCCUCAAACAUUACCAAAUGCUAAUACAACAUCAGCUUUCAAUUCUAGUUCAGCACCACCACCACCACCACCAUCUUCAAAUACUGCUCAAACAUCAACAUUUAUAGGUCAACAACAACAAGCACCACCAUCACAACAAGGUGGUUUUUAUGGUCAACAACAAGCUUUAAUGCAACAACGACUUGGAUUUCCUACUUUUAAUCCUAAUAUUAAUACACCUCCUAAUGCAUAUAUUCAACAACAACCACAAGCACCACCAUCAAGUUCAUCACCAGCAACAAUCAAUCCAUCUUUUAUACAACCAACAUCCAUGCCAACUCCACCACCAUUAGCUUCUCAACAACCUUAUGGUGGUUAUCCACCUCAAAAUGCUUACUAUAAUCCUGCUCAACAAUAUCCGAAAACAUCAUAA